CACGCCCUGUUGGUACAGAGGUCGGAUCACCGCCGUGGUCUCAUUAACCUUUGGAUCGACGACAGUGCGUCCGUCAUGGAGUCCUUCCUCUCCCCCUUCCCCGUCCCCCGCUGGCCGCCGCCGCCGCUAGCCCACUCCGCUUCCUCUUCCUUCUCCUCCUCCUCCUCCUCCUCCCGGUCCACUGUCACUUCCUUUGCCCCGCCGUCCCUCAACCCUGAGACGCUCCAGCAGCGUCUUAAUGCCCUCAUCGAGGGCGGCCCCGAGAAUUGGACCUACGCUAUCUUCUGGCAGUCCUCCCCUGCCGGUGGAGCCGCUGCCCUCAGCUGGGGCGACGGCUACUACAGGAGCUGCGAGGAGGACAAGCGGAAGCCGGCCGGCGUCGGCGCGUCGUCGACGGCGGAGCAGGAGCACCGCAAGCGCGUGCUCCGAGAGCUCAACGCCCUCAUCUCCGGCGCCGGCGGCGAGGACGCGGCCGACGAGGAAGUCAGCGAUACCGAGUGGUUCUUCCUCGUGUCGAUGACCCAGACCUUCGCCCCCGGCGCCGGACUCCCGGGCCAGGUCCUCCUCUCCGGCGAGACGGUGUGGGUCGCCGGGGAGGACCGGCUGGCGGCGGCGCCGUGCGAGCGGGCGCAACAGGCGUGGGCGUUCGGCCUGCGGACGAUGGCCUGCGUCCCCAUGGGGAGCGGCGUCGUCGAGCUCGGCUCCACGCAGGACAUCUUCCACAACUCGGAGAUCUUAAGCAAGGUCAGGCUGCUCUUCGGCCGCGGCCGCGGCGGCGGCGGCCACGCCACCGGAUCCUUGCCUCCGCCACCGGAGCAGGGGUUGGUCGAUCCCUGCAUGCUUUGGAUAUCGGAACCUUCCGCGCCGACGCCCCCUUCCCAUCCCGACAAACGCAGCUCCAGUUGCCUCACCGAAGACCCGAGCUCGAUUCGUGUGCAUUACAGCCUCAAUUUGACCGGUGAGGGCGAUGCCGGCGACGCCCUCUAUGUGGAGACGAACAAGUCCACGUCGAGGGGGAGCGAUGACGGGGGCUUCCUGCCCUCGUCCACGGCUGUGGCGGCCACAGCACCGAAGCCCGAGGGCGGGGGGCUCGAUUCGGAUCACUCGGACUUGGAGGGCUCGGCCCGGGAGGCGACGAGCAGCGCCACGUUGGAGCGGGAGAAGAGGCCCAAGAAACGUGGCCGGAAGCCGGCCAACGGCCGCGAGGUGCCGAUCGACCACGUGGAGGCGGAGCGACAGCGCCGGGAGAAGCUGAACCAACGGUUCUACGCGCUCCGCUCCGUCGUGCCCAACGUGUCGAAGAUGGACAAGGCCUCCCUCCUCGCCGACGCCAUCGCCUACAUCAACGAGCUGCACACCAAGGUGGGAACCAUGGAGUCGGAAAAACGAAGGCUUCGUUCCGAGCUCAGCGCCCUCAAGGAGGCGAAGUCGAAGGCGACGGCGAACGAGUGGACGACAUCAGAGACCGGCACGAGCGGGGAGGGGGAGGGGGAGGUGGAGGUGGAGGUGAAGCUGCUGGGUCGGGAGGCGAUGAUAAGGGUGCAAUGCGAGAGGAGGGCACACCCGGCGGCGAGGCUGAUGGUGGCGCUGAGGGAGCUGGAGCUGGAGGUGUACUACGCGAACGUGACGGUGGUGAAGGAGCUGAUGAUACAGCAGGCAACGGUGAAGAUGGGGAGCCGGAUCUACAACCAGGAGCAGCUCACCGCCGCGCUGUUUGCCCGAGUCGCAUAGCCUUUUUCUCCACAUCCUGACUAUCCGUAACUAGUCGUCGUCGUCGUCGUCUACAAUUUGGUGCAGCGUCUGCUCUCGAGUUUCCUAAGGUGGUGGGUGUACAACAAAACAUAUGGAUCGAUCGUGUUUCCAUGAAUCAGCUACAAAAAUGUCACUCUAGUUUUAGCCAUUAGUAGUAGUUCAGCUGUAACUCUGCACUCUAUGAUUCAUUCAUCUCAUCUCAAAC